ACAGGGUGCCAAUCCAUCGCAGGGCACACAAUCACAAACACACACACAUUCACACACCCAUUCAUACUCUACGGACACUUUUAACAUGCCAGUCAACCUAUCAUGCAUGUCUUUGGACUGGGGGAGGAAACCGGAGUACCCUUUCACUAGUUCCCACUAAUUCCCAAACCACCUGAGCCAUGCGAUAGACAAGGGCUGAGGGGGUUCUGCGUAGAAGAUCAGUGGGAUUGGAAACACUGACGUAGAGCACAGCGGUGUGUAUCAGCACUUCACCACUCAGUCCCAGCGCGUCCUCGCCCACAGAAACACACACACGCACGCGCGCGCGCGCGAGCUGCUCCUUCCGUUCCGCGCUCAGCACUCAAAGCGGACGCUGCUGUCAGAGUCGGGUCUUUUGCAGUUUCUUCUCUGGCUUGAACCGUUUAAAAGUCACGUUUUGUUUCGACUUUACGGUAUGCUGGGAGCCGUGAAGAUGGAAGGACACGAACACUCGGACUGGAGCGCUUAUUACGCAGAACCCGAGUGCUACACCCCGGUGGGAAACAUGAGCGGCGGACUGAAUUCAAUGAGCGCCUACAUGAGCUGCGCGGGCGGCGUGAAUGUGCCCUACAUGCACGCGGGACUCGGACACCCGGCUAGCGGCACGUGCACGGGGAUGACCCCUAGCGCGAGCCCGACCUCCGCUCACGCCCUGACCGCUUCCUACCCGAACCUGAACUCGAGCGCGUGCGGCCAGGUCACCGGCAGGCCCCGUGAUCCCAAAGCAUACAGACGGAGCUACACGCACGCUAAACCUCCCUACUCAUACAUCUCACUGAUCACCAUGGCCAUCCAGCAGUCCUCAUCCAAGAUGCUGACGCUGAACGAAAUCUACCAGUGGAUCAUGGACCUGUUCCCAUUUUACCGGCAGAACCAGCAGCGCUGGCAGAACUCGGUCCGCCACUCGCUCUCCUUCAACGACUGUUUUCUCAAGGUGCCCAGAUCACCUGACAAACCGGGUAAAGGCUCUUUCUGGACUCUCCAUCCCGAGUCAGGAAACAUGUUCGAAAACGGAUGCUAUCUGCGGAGACAGAAACGCUUUAAAUGCGAAAAGUCUGCGGAAAAAUCUGCGGAAUCGGACGCCGGUAAGAAAACGCACAGCGACAAAGAAUCGCCUGGACUUGAUAACUCUCCGACUAAAGACGUGAAAAGUUCCGAUGUGAAAGAUGUCAUAAAAGCAACACAGGCUUUGAGUCCAGAACAUCAGACUCAUCAUCAGGACCAUCAUCUGGAUGAACAUCGUCAUCAUCCUCCUCCUCCUCCUCCUCCUCCUCAUCAUCAUCAUCAUCCUCAUUCUCAUCUUCUCUCUCAGCAUCACCCGGUGCUCAUGCACGACUCGCACCUGAAACCGGGACACCACUCCUACUCCUUCGACCACCCGUUCUCUAUCCACAACCUGAUGUCCUCUGAGCAGCAGCAGCACAAAAUGGACAUGCUGAAGCCCUAUGAGCACGCCAUGCACUGUUCCGGCGGAUACGGAUCACCAAUGACUGGGCCGCCGAUGCCACCGAUGAUGUCAGCUCGAGCCAGUGUGGAGCCCUCAGCUCUUCCCUCGGAGUAUUCUUACUAUCCGGUAUCCGCGUGCACCAACAGGGCGUAAAAUAAUAUUUCAAAUGGUUACAAUGUACAGGUGAACUCAGAUGCCCCAAUAAUAAUAAUAAUAAUAAUAAUAACAAUAAUAAUAAUAAUAAUAAUAAAAACAUACGCUCAAGUCAAGCGCGCAUUUUAAACAAGUAGUAGUUACUUGCUCGGUUUCUGCUUUCUACGCAUGUUGGUGCGCACAAAAAUAACAAUACAAACAAACUGGUUUAAAAACGAACGAUUUUUCUUUUAGAACUGCAUGAACGUAUCUUAUCUUCUUCCUCCAGUGGACUUUCUCAAGCUGUUGGACAGGAUUUAUGAUGGAUCACAGCCCAUAUACAAAACUUCCACGAGUCUUUUUUUUCCAUGAGAGAGGACACACACACACACACACACACACACACACACACACACACACACACACAAAAAAACAACAAAUAAAAGUUUUUUUUGUAGUCAUUUACUUUAUGUUCUGUUUAUACUGUAAUUUAUAAUUUUUAAAAAUUGAUUGUGUAUAUGAAUGUAUCGUAGUUAAAAUGUCAUUAUUAAAUUUUGCACUGAA